UAGGGUUAUGUGAUAUCAGGUAAAAAAAAAUCAAUAUUCUCCACCUUUUGUGUACCUAAUGUCCCAAUAGUUAUGGAUUGUACGUGUUAGCAAACCACUAAUAGGAUUUUUAGAUUAUAAUGGAAUUGCAGAAUAUUAAAUAUGCUCAAAAAAAUGAAGAAUUGCCUCCAAUUAGCAGAUCAAAUCAUUCAUCCAGAAAUACAAUAAUACAGGAUCUCAAGAUGCUAUCCAAACCAAUAGAUAUAAUUGAUAGGAUUGAUCCAUUAGUAUUAGUUGCUCAAUAUGAAAGAGAAAUUAAUAGGAUGAAAAGGAAUCACUGCCAGAUGUUGGAAGACUUGUAUAAAGAAAUAAAUAUUUUAAGGUCUAAAAAUCGAGACCUUUUAGAUGAAUUAAUAUUAAUGAAUGGUGGUAAUUAUUGCUGUAAACAUUUAGAGAGUUUGAGCAAUACUAUUAUGAAAUCUAGUACAAGUAAUAAUCAAAAACAAUUAAGUGAUAUUCUAGAUAGUGCUAAAAUUGAAGAACAUUAUAAUACCAGUAUUAUUGAAGAGUCUAAUAGUAACAAGUUAAAAAAACUGCCAGAUAUAAUAACCUUUGAAAAUAAAUGUAUUUAUACAAAUACUGAGAAGAAAUCAAAUUUUAGUUUGGAAAAUCAAUUACGUCAUUGCAAAAAGCCUAUAAAUGUACUUAGAAAAAAAAACCCAAACUAAAUUUGUUUAUUACAAAUACCAAAUACAUUUAUAGUUAUUAAUCAAGUGU